UUAUUAUUGUCAUUACAGGUUUCGGAAGAUGACAGUGAAAUGUGAAGAAGUUACAUUUCUUAUGUGAUACUUCAAAGUUAGUGACUGCUUGCCGAAUUUUCCCGAAAAUUAAAUAUGACUUAGAAGCACUGAUUUACGAAGGUUUAUGAUGUCAUCGGUUACAACGGAAAACAAACUCCCACAGGCCGUGAGCCUGCAGGGAGUUGACCCAGAAACAUGCAUGAUUGUAUUUAAAAACCACUGGGCGCAGGUUGUGAAGAUCUUAGAGAAGCACGACCCCUUGAAGAACACCCAGGUGAAGUAUGGAUCCAUCCCUCCAGAUGAGGCCAGUGCUGUACAGAAUUAUGUAGAACACAUGCUCUUCUUGCUGAUCGAAGAGCAGGCCAAGGAUGCUGCGAUGGGGCCAAUUCUGGAAUUUGUGGUCUCAGAGAACAUCAUGGAGAAACUCUUCCUUUGGAGCUUGCGGAGGGAAUUUACUGAUGAGACUAAAAUCGAGCAGCUCAAGAUGUAUGAGAUGCUGGUCACUCAGUCACACCAGCCUCUGCUGCACCACAAGCCCAUCCUGAAGCCCCUGAUGAUGUUGCUGAGCUCUUGUUCGGGGACAACCACCCCCGCUGUGGAGGGGAAGCUGGUUGUCCUGCUCAAUCAGCUCUGUUCCAUCCUUGCCAAAGAUCCAUCUGUUCUGGAACUCUUCUUCCACACUAGUGAGGACCAAGGGGCCGCCAACUUCCUCAUCUUCUCCCUUCUGAUUCCCUUCAUUCACCGAGAGGGGACAGUAGGUCAGCAGGCCCGGGAUGCUUUGCUGUUCAUCAUGUCUCUGUCUGCUGAGAACAGCAUGGUAGCCCAUCACAUCGUGGAGAACACCUACUUUUGUCCAGUGCUUGCGACCGGGCUCAGUGGUCUCUACUCUUCCCUGCCCACAAAGCUAGAAGAGAAGGGUGAGGAAUGGCACUGCCUUCUCAAAGACGACUGGCUUCUGCUCCCUUCUCUCGUCCAGUUCAUGAACUCCCUGGAGUUUUGCAACGCCGUCAUCCAGGUGGCUCACCCCUUGAUUCGCAGUCAGCUUGUCAAUUAUAUUUACAAUGGAUUCUUGGUACCAGUCUUGGCUCCUGCGCUCCACAAGGUGACUGUGGAGGAGGUCAUGACCACAACUGCAUAUCUGGACCUUUUCCUGCGUAGUAUCUCCGAGCCAGCACUACUUGAGAUCUUCCUCCGUUUUAUCCUCUUGCACCAGCACGAGAAUGUCCACAUCCUAGAUACUCUCACGAGCCGAAUCAACACCCCAUUUCGGCUCUGUGUGGUGUCCCUGGCAUUAUUUAGAACUCUCAUCGGUUUACAUUGUGAAGAUGUGAUGUUACAACUAGUUCUAAGGUAUCUGAUCCCUUGCAACCACAUGAUGCUGAGCCAGAGAUGGGCCGUGAAGGAGAGAGACUGCUACUCUGUUUCUGCGGCCAAGCUGCUCGCCUUGACCCCCGUCUGCUGCUCCAGCGGGAUCACCCUGACGCUUGGCAACCAGGAGAGGGAUUUUAUUCUCUGGUCAAAGUGUACGCACAAUAGUUCAGGGACCAUGGAGCAGCCGCGGGCUGAGGCGUUCUCUCCGUCAGCCUGCAUCGUGGAGUAUGGCAAAGCCCUGGACAUCAGCUACCUGCAGUACCUGUGGGAGGCCCACACCAACAUCCUCCGCUGCAUGAGGGACUGCCGAGUCUGGUCCGCCCUGUAUGACGGAGACUCCCCUGACCCCGAGACCUUUUUCCAGAGUCUGACAGAGCCCAGUGCUCUCACCUCCCCCUGUCCCGUGGUCUGGCUCCCGCAGCAACUCCCCAAGGGGACCGGCCCCGCGCUGGCUCCCAGAAAGGAGAAGAGCCAGACCGAACUGGAGUGGGACGACAGCUACGACACGGGCAUCUCCUCGGGGGCAGAUGUGGGCUCCCCCGGGCCUUGUGAUGACCUGGAGGAUUCAGGCCCGCCGGCGCCCGCUGAUCCCCCCAGACACAUCCAGGAGAUGAAGAAGAAUGCCAUCCUGCUCUUCAAAGGGUCCUACAUCGAAGAGUCUGACUUUCAGGAUGAUGUGAUAGUGUACAGGCUGUGCGCCGAGAAGGACGCUGAGGACACCAGGAGUUCCCAGGAGGGAAGCGCAAGGCCCUCCAGCCCCGGCCAGACUGAGGAUCGGGGUCCCCCCCUGAACAACGGCCCCCUGCCCAGCCCUCAGUCAGAAACAGAUUCAGAGGAGGACAGGGACAGGGACAAUUCAGACCCGUUUCAAAAUGUAUCCAAGGAACCAAAACAAGAAGCCGAGCCCAAAGGAGCCCUAGAAUCAAACUCCGAGUUAGCGCCUCCGCUCUCCGAGGCAGAACCCAAGUCAGACCUGAUGGUCAUCAACCCGGCGGGUGAAGACUUCAUUGCCCAGUAUGACCAAAUCAUUAAGGAACUGGGUUCUGGCGCCGAGGGCUUGAGAGAACAGAAUUGCCCCGCACCCGAUCUCUUGCAUCUCCCGAAAGAGCAAGAGGGGAGGGAAGAAGAGAGUGAAGAAGAGGAGGAAGCGGAGGAGGGGAAGAAGGCCCUGGAGGAGGAGGACGACGACGAUGCUGACUUUGAUUCCUUUAUAGCAGAAACCCCCACCACUGAUGCCGUGCCAUCCCCCUUUGGGCCGAGAGAUGAAGCUGCCUUUGCCAGUCACCAUUCUGUGAGGACUCCGAGCACCCCGUUCACAGGCCCAUUCAUCAGCGUGGUCCUGUCAAAGCUGGAGAACAUGCUGGAGAACUCUCUGCAUGUUAAUUUGCUGCUUAUUGGGAUCGUUACUCAACUGGCCAGCUACCCCCAGCCACUCCUGCGCUCCUUUCUGCUCAACACCAACAUGGUCUUCCAGCCGAGCGUCCGUUCUCUCUAUCAGGUCCUUGCAUCGGUGAAAAACAAGAUCGAGCAGUUUGCUUCUGUGGAGAGAGACUUCCCAGGGCUCCUCAUACAAGCCCAGCAGUACCUGCUCUUCCGAGUGGACAUGUCUGACCUGCCCCCUGAGUCGCUAACCAAAGAUCCCAUUCAGGAUGCUUCCAGGACAGGAAUCGGCAAGAACCUUUUGGAUGGUCCCCCAAGAGUGCUUCAGCCCUUCCUGACAAAUAGAGCCAAGGUGGCUGGGGUGCCCCCAAGCCUGCCCCUGCCAGUGAGGAACACCAUGCUGGCCGCUGCCCUCUUCCCCGAGUUCCUGAAGGAACUGGCUGCCUUGGCCCAGGAACACUCCAUUCUGUGCUACAAGAUCCUGGGUGACCUUGAGGACUCCUGUUGUUAGCUUUUUUUUUUUUUAAAUAGAGGUUCUUGUUUUUUAAGGUUUUAGUAUCUUGACUGAAUGUUAAAUGCAAAGCUGCUUACAAAAAUUUCUACUUUGAUAUUUCCUGACAAUACUUGAUUUGUGGGGAGGGCAAUUUUCUGUAUAUCUCCCCUCUCUAGACGGGUCUUUCCACCUUAUAUAGAAUAUAAGUCUCAUAAGCUGGUGGCUCCUUUGGCAGGUUUUCUUUCUUCCUCCUCAAGUUUUCCAAUUGUUAUUCUCCCAUCCCUCUGAGUCACUCAUCUUGCAGCUGAGAUCCCACAAAGCAAAUAAUGGGGUUUGGUGGUUUCUGGAAGUACCCCAUGUCAGAAGGCUAAGCUGUUCCACAUAGCAUGUGAAGAAUGCACAUCUGCUCCGUUGCCUUCUGCAUCCUGGCUCCAUUUUAUAAAAGGGAAGAAUAAAGAUGGAGCCCCUCUUGCCUCCAUCACACAAGCACAUAUCUUCUGUCCCUUUGCAUUUUACUUCCAAGGUUUGCACUCUGCCCAACACGUUUGCCUUAUGGUGCAGGCAAAACCUGCACCAUAUUGGUCUCAGCUCUUUGCCUGGGAAGUCAGAUGUAGUUGAGGAGAAUCUGGAAUGCAGGGAAAUUUUCUUGUUGCUUGAGAGCUUUCUUUAAUCAGUAUAUCACUACUUAAACACUGGAAAUAGCCUUAUUUUAGUAAGAUUUGCACAAAAUGAAAUGUACUUAUGCAAACUAUUACAUUGGUUUUUAGAAGUUUGAUCUGAUGAAGAAAGCAGGGUUAUCAUAUACUUAUGUAUCAUUAUUUUUUAAGUGUUUUAUGAAAGGCAAACAGAUUAAUUUG